CUUCCAAUUACCAAAAACCAAAACAACAAAAUCCGGCAACAAUUGCACCUCACGCUGACAAUCUUCUUGGAAUCUUGGACCCCAUAGAUUUUGCCUCCACAUGCCCAUUUUUCCAUCUUACAUAGCAAAAAAGUUCACUUUCUCACGAUUCUUGCAGAAGAACUAAGCCCAUAAUCCCUUUUUUCUUUUUCCCUUUUUCUUUCCCAAUUAUCAUCCUUUUGAAAAGGUCACAAGUAUUCCUCUAACAGUUGUCCCCCGUCCUUUUCACUGAUAGCUGGUUUGCUUAGGUUGGGUUGAAAGUUCAGGUGUAGCUUUCAAUUGGGUACUUUUCUGGUGGAACUUUCUGAACCGGGUUCUUGCUGAUUUUCGACAAUUCCGAGGAUUUUGAUAAUUCUGGCAAAUGGGGUUCUUCUGAUUGAUUGAUGAAGUUCUUCUGUUCAGAGGUAAAGUUGGUAAAAUGGGCAUUGAUAAUCUGAAUAUGGAUUUUAAAGAACUAAGAAUCCUUAAUUUUGGCUUAGAUUCGUUUUCUUGGAGAAUAAUCUGAACAUGUUGGGUUCCUUUUGCUUAAUUCUUACCUGACAAUAGGAGUUGUAGAAGAAGGGGUUCUGGUUCUCUGCUUGAAUAUAUUUCUACAAGUCUGGAGAUUAACUGCAUUGACUGCAUUUCAUUUUUUUUGGUGGAAAGUUUUAUGUUCUGAACGUAUUUAGUUGCUGAUUCGUUGGGAUAUUUGGAUGCUUAGAUUUUAGAAGAGACGCAAUUUGUUUGCUUCAACUAGUUUAGGAUUGGAGUUGGAGAAAAAGGGAUAGAAAAUGGACAUAUGGGUAGUUGCAGCAGCUGCUGGAGCUGGAUAUGUAGCUCAGCAUUGGAAGAAUUUUGUAAAGAGUAGGAGGAGUUUUCCGGAUUCAUCAUGUGAGAGUCCUACUUUUAGACCUGAGUCCUUAUCAAGCAAUCAGCAAGCCAAGGGUGAGAACUCCUGGCCUUGUGAUGUAUUGUGCAGUAAAAAAUUAGAAGUAGAGUUGUUUUUAGAAAAAGAGAGGCUGUCGCGAGAUUCUUCUGUGCCAGAUAUAGCUUCUACAACCGGUGAUUGCGCUGAUUGUUGUACUCAUUCUGCUUCAAAUCUUGUGCCUGGGUCCUCGAGCUAUGAAGAUGUACAAGUGGCUAGGGAAGGAGUUGGAAUGUGUGGUGAUAAAGAUGAGACUUAUCAGGACUUGUCAUUGCUACCUUCUACUCGAGAAACAGCUGUUUCUUAUGGUUUUGCAAGGAAGAAGAGCAGUCUCAGGAGCAGACGAACUAAUGGACAAUCACUAAUGCCUCUAAACUCCAUGGAAAGUUGUCUCUUGGCUCAGUUGUACAAAGAGCGAGCUGAAACAGCAGAGUACAGUUGUAGCUCUGUUAGUUCGCCUUGCACACCAACCAUUAAGCCAUUUGUUGUGACAGAUGGGAGCAGGAUAAUCAGUAGAGCAAUUGCUAAUUCUUGCAAUUUGUCCAUUGGAUCUGUGCAAAGCAAGCUUCACACAGCUACCAAUCUUGAAGACAUAUUUGGAGUUCCUCGACUGCCUAGUCUUGGGUCUAUGGAGUUCCGCAGAAAAGCUAAAACUGAUAUUGAAAUGGAACAGCAUAGAAGAUCGAGCCUUUCUUGUGGAGUAAAAGGAAAGCACCAAAGACUGCAAGGUGGGACAUCACAGGGUGCUCUGUUUUUCUGUCUGGGAUUAUCUCUUGGCCUAAUCUCUUCUUUCUUGACUAAUAAACGAGAAGUAGACAAAUUGAGUGACUUGUUGCAACAAACAGAGAGUUUGGUUCAGGAUUUACAGGAUGAGCUUGAGAUGAAAGAUUCGUUAACUGUGAAAGAGCUUGCUGUUGAAGAUUCGGAAUCACAGGAUACGCAGAAUGAUCCAUUUAAUAAUGGGCCUCUACAUGCAUUUUCCUCUGAAGAGAAGUUGAAUGACUGUGACAACGUAUAUAAAGAUCAGAAAGCAGAGGAAGAAUCUUUUAGCAAAAUUGAAGCAGAGCUUGAAGCUGAACUUGAGAGGUUAGAAUUAAACAUGAGCUCUAGCAGAUUGGACAGAAAGAUAUCAAAUCUAGUUGAGCUUGAUGCAGAUUAUGUGCCAGAUGCAGUAGAGGGAGUGCUGAAGGCUGGGGCCUUUGCUAGACAAAGUGGUCCUCAACCUUAUGCAGAGCAGGACGGAAGUGGUAGCUCCACCACUCAAUCUGCUCAUUAUGCAGUCUCUCCCAGGGAGCUGACCUUGCGGUUGCAUGAAGUGAUUCAAUCAAGAUUGGAGCAACGUAUCCAGGAGCUUGAAAUUGCACUGCAGAAUAGCCAAAGGAAGGUUCGAAACAUGGAAUCACAGCAAACAAGUUAUUGGAGACAGUUGUGCAAGAGUGAAUCUGCAUGCUGUUCAACUGAAGGAAGUCCAGAUUUUAAGGAACCAAAUCAAGCAGACCAACCUGUGGUGAUAAACUUAUCAGCGGAAGCUCUUGAUGCGGAUAAUGAGCCUUUUGAUGAGUUCACAAAGGUAAAUGAGCUUGAGGAAGCGGAUAGCCACAAACAAGAAUUAUUGCAGACUGGUGGCCAGAAAGAAUAUUGGCUUCACAACAGUGACGUGAUUUAUGAAGCACAAGGGAAGCCAUUCACCGAUAAAACACCAUUAACAUUUUCCACUCGACAAGUUGGGGUAGAUGACUACUACCGGACAACUGGUAUCGUUUCGAGGGAGGAUGAGGAUGACAUUGGGUAUGAUGGGAUGGAAGAGAUCUUGAUAAAGCAUAUUGUGGAACAAGCCCGAAAAGGCUCUCCUGUAGUUUUGAAUGCUCAAAGGGCAUUGUUUUCACCUGAUGAAAAUGAACAUUCACAAUAGGUUGACAUCGAUAACAGAGAGAGAGAGAGAGAGGAGGCAUAUAGAAUUUGAAACUUUACUCGUCUUAUAUAGAGAUUAAUCUUCGGUGAACGCUAUAAUAUACAUGUUUUCUGGAGAAACCUUUCUUUUCUAAA